GUGUUUUUUCGGCUUUUCUCGGUUUUCCAGUCGAGAUCUGAAAGAUUCUCAGGCUCAUAUUUCCGCCGUCUUUGCUCAUUUAAGCGUUAAAAGGAGUUGAGCUAGGAGUAUUUACAAACUAUAUCUAGCUAAUCAGCGUUCGACGCUGAUAAUGGCAAUGAAACUUUAUCGGGUGGUUCUGAUCGGGACCCUGCUAAACCUUGCGGUAGCAGCAACGACUCAUAAGCACAGCCACCAUACGGCUAGCGCUGGUACGAAGGAACGCCUAGAGGAUGGUAGUUACGUCCCGCGAGAUGCCCAUCAUAUGGAAGGAGGAGAGCAUCAUUCGGAGUUCGAUCACGAAGCCAUUCUGGGCAGUGUCAAGGAGGCUGAAGAAUUCGAUACACUUUCGCCGGAGGAAUCUAAAAAGCGAUUGGCAAAGCUCGUAAUUAAAAUGGAUUUAAACGCGGACGGGUUCGUCGAUAGGCAUGAACUUAAAGCGUGGAUUUUACGUUCGUUUAAAAGCCUGCUGGAUGAAGAAGCUACGGAUCGGUUUGAGGAUGUUGAUUUAAACUCGGACGAUAUCGUGACCUGGGAGGAAUACUAUUCCGAUACUUAUGGCAUGGAUGCUGAAGACGAAGAGUCCAGCAAAGCUACUAUAAUGGAUGCUACCAAAGAAGAGGAAAAGAAACUGAUUGCGGACGAUAAGGAAAUGUUCGAAGCGGCUGACAGUAACAAGGAUGGCAAGUUGGAUCCAACCGAGUUCGUUCAGUUUAUGUCGCCGGAGGAGUUUCCGCAGAUGUUUUCGGUGGUGCUGAAGCAAACUUUGCGCAACAAAGAUACCAACAAGGAUGGAAAAAUUGACUUCCAAGAGUUUGCUGCUGAGCAAUCACGCGGGCAUGAUAAGGAGUGGUUAAUUACGGAGAAAGAUCGUUUUGAUAAUGAUUUUGAUAAAGAUGGUGACGGCUACUUGAAUGGGAACGAAAUUUUGUCAUGGAUUUUGCCGAGCAAUGAGGAAGUCGCAGAGGAUGAGGUAGCACAUUUGUUCAUAUCAACCGACGAAGAUCAUGAUGAUCGGCUCUCGUAUCAAGAAAUCAUUGAUAAGUAUGAUAUAUUCGUUGGAAGCGAAGCCACCGAUUAUGGUGAUCAUUUACAAAAUAUUCAUCAUUUUGAUGAUGAAUUGUAAACCAAAAUAUGUUUAUACAUUAUGCUGAUAGUCACAUAUUAUAGCGAACAUAAGUCCUAAGUUCAUGGCCAUAGAAAUAACAAAACUUUUAUCAGUUUUAAGUCAUCAAUUAAUUUAUUUUAUAAUUUAUAUAACCCCUACAAAUUUCCCUAAUCUCGCAUUUAUAGCAUUAAUCAUUCUACGUAAAUUGACGUAAAUUUGUGUAAAACAAAACUUCAUAACUAUAAACCGUAGAUAGUGUUAAGUUCAGGUCAAACAACACAAAACAAAACAUAAUGAAUAAUAAAUUUUUGAU